GUCUGAAUUGGUGGCUCGAACUGGUCGGCAGCAGCAGCGUUACGAGGAUGGCUACCGUCUCAUUGCUGGGGAAGUAGCUGGGCCAGCUGAUGGAGGAUUUGGUGGGCAGCGGCAGAAUGAUUGAGAAUGAGAUUAACGGGUUAGAGAAAGCAGCGGCAGAAUGAUAGAGAAGGAGAUUAACGCCUUACUCUUAAGUAUUAAUUAGUUAGGAUUUGAUUAGAUUUAUUUACCUAAUUAGUUAGGAUCUGGUUUAAUAUUUUAGGGUUAUAGAUUAUUAUAAAUAGAACUUAAGAAUGAGAGCAGCGUAUCUUUUGGAGAGAUCAGAAAUGGGACGGCUAUGGCCUCUGCGGAGGAUUAUUGUGGCCUCCUUCGUGAGGAUUGUUAUUCUAUUUGCUUCUUUCUUUCUGUCCUUUUUAUCAAUAAAUUGAGAUCUUAUUUCCUUAAUCAGUGUUCUAUUGAUUGAGUUGGAAUUCAGCCUUUACUCCUAACAAUUGGUGCGGUGAACGAUGGUCAAUUCUCGGGGAGAUUCACGCCUAGACGGUUUGGAGAAGGCUACUAAAGAACUCAACGCCCAGUUCCAGCAGACGAACGUACGGAUCUCCGCGUUGGGAUCAAAACUCGACUCCUUGAUAGAGGAAAUGCGUGCGGGGUUCGCGGCCCUCAACCACAAGUCCAGAGCAACGCCGGAGGACGAUGCGUCCUCUGAAAAUCGGGAAUCUAAUUCGGUGUCAGCCGGCAUCAAAUCAACGUCGCCAAUGCCAACUUUUGAUGGAUCUGAGCCUCUCACGUGGCUCGCGCGGGCAAACCAAUAUUUCCUCAUCAACAAAACAUCAUCGGAUAGACGGGUCGACGUUGCCAUGCUCGCCAUAGAAGGACCAGCCAAGCCUUGGAAGCAAUUGCUCGUUCGUCGCUGCCCCUCCUUAUCGUGGGACAAGUUUGUUCAACAGCUCUUGCAACGUUUUGGCGAUACCAUCACAUCAGAAGGCUGCGUCGCAGGCAAUUCAUCCAAGCACAGCAGUGAAGGCCCUAUUGCUACUACCCAGGUUGCCAAAAACCCGCCAAAAAUCCCACCCAUACCCAACAAUAUUACCGCAACAGCAGCCGCAGUUAUUAGCAGGUAUCCUUCAGCAGCCAUGGCGUCAAAGAACCCACCACAUGAGGUUCCAAUCCCCAAACUGUCUGUGGCCACAAACGGCCUUCCAUCUAAGGAACAUGAAGUUUCAAUCCUUGGGGAGACAACAUCAGUGUAUGGUUUGAAAGUGCCUGAUGUUUUAAAAGAUCCAUAUAUGAGAAUAGUGUCUGUUUCGGCGCCAUCAUCACCUUCCCUGCCCUCACCGCCUGUACUCGAAUUCAGCAGCUCAUCUCAUGAUUCGUCGGAACGGCAGAUGAUGCAUAGUGCCAAGGAAUUGCGUUUCUCCAGGUCUCUAUUCGGUGCUUCUUCACACAAGCCAGCGAAUCAACUAGUACAUCGACCACACCGACAGAUUCACAUCUACAAGCUUGUGUUUGAGCCUCCACCUGAUCUUCAUCUGCGAAUUUGACUAGCCUUGCGGACAAGGCUGUUUUGAGGGUGAGGCAGUUGAUACGGAUUGGAGGAGUGGAAAUAGGGAAGUAGCUGGGCCAGCUGAUGGAGGAUUUGGUGGGCAGCGGCAGAAUGAUAGAGAAUGAGAUUAACGGGUUAGAGAAAGCAGCGGCAGAAUGAUAGAGAAGGAGAUUAACGCCUUACUCUUAAGUAUUAAUUAGUUAGGAUUUGAUUAGAUUUAUUUACCUAAUUAGUUAGGAUCUGGUUUAAUAUUUUAGGGUUAUAGAUUAUUAUAAAUAGAACUUAAGAAUGAGAGCAGCGUAUCUUUUGGAGAGAUCAGAAAUGGGACGGCGGUAGCCGUAGGCCUCUGCAGAGGAUUAUCGUGGCCUCCUUCGUGAGGAUUGUUAUUCUAUUUGCUUCUUUCUUUCUGUCCUUUUUAUCAAUAAAUUGAGAUCUUAUUUCCUUAAUCAGUGUUCUAUUGAUUGAGUUGGAAUUCAGCCUUUA